CAAGGAUGGUCCAUGGGAUGGGGGAUGCCGGCUGCUGGGUCCUGCUCGGGCUCUCCCUGCUCCCCAUCGCCGUGCUGGGCUCCCAGGACGAUGGGAAGGUGAUCCACAUCAGCAGGGUGCAGCACCAGGCGCUGCGUGUGGGGCUGGGGGAGCCCGUGGCCCUGCCCUGCCUCUUCCUGCUCCACCCCUCCGCCUCCCUGGGGCCCAACGAGCCCCCCGACCCGCCCCGCGUCAAAUGGAGCAAGGUGCGCUCGGCCACCGGCCAGAGGGAGGACUCGCCCAUCCUGGUGGCCAAGGACAACGCGGUGAAGGUGGUGAGAGCCUACGAGGGCCGCGUGUCCCUGCCCGGCUACCCCCGUGACCGCUCCAACGCCACGCUGGAGCUGCGCGGGGCCCGCGCCAGCGACUCGGGGCUCUACCGGUGCGAGGUGGUGGCCGGCAUCGAGGACGAGCAGGACCUGCUGCCCCUGGAGGUGACGGGCGUCGUGUUCCACUACCGCCCCGCGGGCCAGCGCUACGCCCUCACCUUCCCCGCCGCCCGCCGCGCCUGCCGGGACAACUCGGCCGCCAUCGCCUCCCCCCGGCACCUCCAGGCCGCCUUCGAGGACGGCUACGACAACUGCGACGCGGGCUGGCUGGGCGACCAGAGCGUGCGGUAUCCCAUCACACUGUCCCGGCCCGGUUGCUAUGGAGACCGCAACAGCCUGCCCGGAGUCCGGAGCUACGGGCGGAGGGAGCCCGAGGAACAGUACGACGUGUACUGCUACGCCCGGGAGCUGAGAGGGACAGUGUUCUACGCCACGGUGCCCGGGAGGUUCACCUGGCAGGGGGCCCGGCGGCACUGCCGGAGCCGGGGGGCCUCGCUGGCCACCACAGGGCAGCUGUACCUGGCGUGGCGGGAGGGGCUGGACCAGUGUGACCCGGGCUGGUUGGCCGACGGCAGCGUCCGCUACCCCAUCAGGGUGCCCCGCAGGAAGUGUGGGGGAGAGGCCCCGGGGGUCAGGACCCUCUACCAGUUCCCCAACCGCACCGGGUUCCCCCCCGCCGCCUCCAGGUUCGACGCCUACUGCUACCAAGCCGCGGGGCAGAGGGAUGUGGAGGAGCCGGUGCCGCUGGUGCCCGACCCGCCGGGCAGUGACAACGUGCUGGUGGAGCACAGCGAGGAACUGGGCACCUCGGGGGACACCAGGGACACCCCCCAUGAUCACUACGAGCUCCUGCCACAGCCAGAGCCUGUGGGGCCUGGCCAGGAGGAGGAGGAGGAGGAGGAGGAGGAGGAGGAUGAGCAGCUGAGGCCGGCGAGCAGCAGCCCCGCGGCCACGGCACAGCGCGGGGACCUCCCGGGGGCCGCCCCGGCACCGACAGCUCCCGGGCUGGGGAUGGAUGGUGGGACACCCCUGCCACCCCCCACAGCCCCCUCGCUGGCUUGGCCCCAUGAGGAGGAGGCUCUGAACGUGGUGGAUCAAGCCCUGGAGAGCUCCUGGCAGGAUCCAGCCGGUGCCAGCCCAGCGCUGCCGGUGCAAGAAGACCCUGAGGAGCCCCUGGUCACCCUCCUGCCACAUUCCCAAAGCCCAGCCCGGGAGCACAGCACUGGAUCAUCACUGGCACCACCCGGGCUGGGGACAGUCCCCAGCAUGGCAGCAGAGACCCCCAGCCUGCCCCCCACCAGCUCCCAACCCCUGAGGAAGAGCCACGCCGGGCUGAACGGGCGCUACUUCCAGCUCCAGAGGCAGAGCCGGGACCCCACGGUGGCAGCUGGGGACCCCACAGUGGCUGGAGACCCCACGGUGGCAGCUGGGGACCCAGUGGGGACAGCCACCCAGGCCCCCGUCCUGGCCCUGGAGGUGAAGGAAGCCGAGGCCAACACGGUGGAGCCGUGGAACAUCCCCCGAGCCGGCACC